UGUUAUGAUGUUCCAACAUAUGAUUGAAGCUAACAACUUGCCAUUUGAUGAAUAUUUGGAUAAUCCUGAACAAGAUAUUGAAUUUAUUAAAGAAUUAAUGACAGGAGUAAAGGGACCACAGGUUAAAAUACGUGAAGAUAAGGUGUUCCUUUAUGAGAUAGUAGUGAACAGGAUGAGUGGUUUGGAUGUAAACAGAAUAGAUUCUACUAUGAGAGAUUCAGUUGUCUUGGGAAAGAGGAUCUUACAUUGGAGAAAAAUUCUGAAUAAAAUACGUGUUAAAGUAUGUCCUGAUGGAAAGAAACACAUUUGUGCUAAUGAAGAAGAUUUGGACAAAUACAAUGGAUUAUUUGCUGAUCGCCAUGCCCUUUUCAAGGAAUUAUACUUUGAACGCAAAAACAGGAUUGUUGCUACAAUGAUCAAUCAAAUAUUUAUAAAAUGUGGAAAAGCUGAAUUUAUUAAAGGGCCUGAUGGAAAUAGAUUGUCUCUUAUUGAUGCCAUAAAAACCAUGGAUACUUACUGCCGCAUUAAUGACUCAAUCAUUGGAAUAAUAAGAGAAACAGUUGCUGAUACAGAGGUAGAAAAAUUGAUACAAUUUCUGAGAAGCUCAAAACUGUUUAUACCAAUUGGUUAUGUUAAAAAUUGUCAAUUAGCAGGUGGGGCACAACAACUGAAAGAAGAAAUUGCAGCAUAUGAAGAUGGACUUAGUGAAGAUGACAUAAUUGUUGAUGUUGCAGAAUCAGGUUAUGAAGGAGCUACAAGUGAAUCUAUGUAUUACAUCAGUUCUGAUGGCACUGUAAAACAAUGGACUACAGAAUGGGUUAGUUCAAUAAAAUGUAUUAUCUAUUGUUCACCAAAAUAA